GUUGGAGGAACAGAAGUAAUUGCUUCUAAGCAUCCAGAAGGGAUUGCCUUUUGUAUGGAUCUCUUGGCUAAGAAAUUUGUUCUGCAAGGGGAUCUAAUGAUAUCUAGUAAUCCAGAAGCAGCUUUUUGCUAUGCAACAAUAAUACUUUCAUUAUGGAACCAAUUUCCAGAAUUUGGAAAGUUAUUUUUGUUACAUCUUCACAAAGAAUGUAUUUAUUUAAUUCCAUUUUAUCCUCCACGACUUGCAGACCAAACUGACGAAGACUACUAUAAAAGUCUUGGCUACAAUUAUAUUGAUGGAGUUGUAGAAAAACAGGACAAAUUUUUAAAAAGAAUGAUGGGCAUUAUGAGAUUAUAUGCUGCAAUUGUCAUUUCAAAACCAAAAAGUGAUCAGAAAAUUAGUCCUCACAAUAUAGCUUAUGGUUGGAGAUGGUUUUCUGCUUUUUUAAAUUUGGAACCACAAAUUGACAUAACUGCUACCAUGAUCCACAUCUUUCUCGAAGUAGCUGGAUCUACAUUGCAACAAGUGUAUGGAAAGCAAUUUUAUAAAUUAAUGAAUUUCCUUUCCAAAGUUUACAUGCCAAUGCUAAAAAAAUAUGACUCUGGAGGGCCUUUUACCAGGCUUGAGGUUCUAUUGCAUGAUUAUCAGAGGACAGGACAACUUGAAAAACCAAAAGGUUUAUUGCCAACAAAUUUUUGGUAGUUUAUUAGUGUGAUUGUACCUAUAAGAAUUUGUUUUUAAAGUAUUUUGUCAAUUAAUUUGUAAAAAAUUGUAUAUAUCUGCAAAUAAUGUAUUGCUUCCUCUAUGUGACUAAAAAAUGUAAUAUUUGCAUUUUAAUAUAUAUACU